UUUUUUUAUUUAAACAAUUUCAAAGUAAUUGCACACAGCUUUGCUCAGUUUUUGGUGCGUUACUUGUUCGUAAAUGAGGCACAGGUUCCCUCUGCUGGCCAAUUUGAAGAAGUUCAGAUUGGGGUCAUUCUAUAUAUAUCCGUUCAGUACACUAAUCAUGCGUUCAGUCACCUAAUACAGGUACAACAAAAAAGAAAACCCCCAAAAAAACCCUGUCACUCGGCGAAAUAAUAUGGACUUUUAAAGUGCUAAUAUGUGACAUUUUGGUGUAAAUUAGGUAAAAAGAUGUACCUUUACCUUUCGUAUCUAAAGAUACCGCCCAAGUAACAGCUCUGUACAUUUUUUAUAUUAGUUAGACAAUCCUAAAUAGCCUAAAUGAACGUAAGUGAUACUAAAUGAUACGUCACAGUAAGUUGAUUUAGCAUUUGAAAAACAUUGAGAGACAACCAACUGAUUCUCAUGCACAAAAACUUUUAAAAUGUAUUCUUGUUUUCAGUUUUGUUUUGACAGCAAGAUGUCAGGAUACAUAGAAAGUCAAAGCUGUGCCAAAUUGACAAGCCAAUUAUGGUUAACCAGUCAAUUACCUUCCUAACAAACAGAAGAUGGACAUGCUGAAUCCGCCUCCUCACAUCCUCUGGCUCUGCGGGCGAGUGUUGCGUAAAGGAGUGGCACAGGAUGCGUUUAAAUAGCCGCGCUCACAAACUUUCACGCAUCACAACUCCUUCAGCUCUGCACACUGGGUUUGUGCUUCGUCAAGAUGCGUUGCGCACUUUCCAAACUGCACAUGCUGCUCUCCUCCGUCCUCGCGCUGUGGAUCACGGCUCUCCAGGGAUUCAGAUCUGCGGAUGCUGCCCCUAACCCCUCUCCCCUCCUGGGCUCCAGCUGGGGGAACCCGCGGAGGUACAUCCACCUUCAGACCACCUCGGACUUAAACAACUUCUACUUGGAGAUCGGCCCGAAUGGACAUGUGCGCAAAACUACAAACCGGGGGUCCUACAGUGUAAUUUUAUUGAAAGCAGAGAGCAGAGACCGUCUGGCAAUAUUUGGAGUGAAAAGUAACCGAUUUUUGUGUAUGGACGCAGGAGGAACUCUUUUCACAUCUACUGUUUGCAAUAAGGAAGACUGUCUUUUUCACCACAAACUUUUGGAAAACCAUCGUGACGUGUAUUACUCCACCAAGCAUGGCAUACUGCUUAACCUGGACGGGGCGAAACAGGUGUUCAUAGAGGGACAAAACCUCCCUCAGUCAUCUCUCUUCUUAUCAGAGAAGAACACUGUUUCACUGGAGCGCCUGCAGCACCGGGAGAGGAGAAACCGGCAGGUGAAUCCAUCAGACCCGCUGAACGCGCUCCGGCACGGAGAGGCCUCGGACUCCAGAGCUGCUCAAGAGGACGACGGGGACUUAGACUCUGAGCCGUCAGAGGGUCGAAACAUCUCCAGGGAAACCCUGGUUUCUCCUUCCGAUGAUGACCCAUGGGAUCUUCUUCACGACACGAGCCCCGGCAGUCCCCGGAUUUCAGCAGUUGUUGGAUAAAGUUACAGACCCUCCAUGCCGUGACUGUUGAACCGCAAAGUUAGAGUGUGGCACCAUAAUAUAAUCAUCAUAAAUAAGUGUUUUUAAGGACAUAUAUUUCAAACCAACUUCACGUGUACGCUCUUAAAAAUAAAGGUUCCAAAACAAAGGUUUCUUGCAGUGAUGCCAAGGACCAAUUUUGGUU